UGUUGAUAAAGCCGAUAAAAUGGAUAAAAAUCAUAAUUAUUUGUUCUAAUAACAUUAUUGUGAACGUGAUUAUUAUCUACAAUUUAGUUAAUAUUUAAAGUACUUCAAUAAAAAGUAUUUGUUAAAAUAUUUUAAAAAUCAAUUCCGUGAGGUGGUGUAAAAAUUUCGUCGUCUGCUAUUGUUCAAAGUUCAUGUACCACAAAAACGUGCUCUUUAGUUGCUAGCACUGUCAGUGUUUAGUGAAUUUCAAUAAUGUCGUGGUUGCUGGGAAAUCGUUAUACACAAUCGCAAGACUUUUCACAAUUUAUACAACCACCGGCUUCAGGAGGUGGUGAUGGCGGCGGAUCGAACGAUGGACCCCCAUCGAAAAAUCCAACAAAAUCUCAAAUGGAUGCAUAUAGAUUUGAUUCCAGUGCCUUGGAACGGGCUGCUGCAGCUGCCAAAGAUUUAGAAAAAUCAGCUCACGCUCUGGAGGCGUUGGAGCUUUCAAAAUUACAAGAAAGAACAAGACAGACAGAAUUACAAACGGAGCUCAAGAAAUACGAAGCCAGUAUUGAACAGAUGAAAGUCGAGCAAAAACGAGUUGAUGCUGAAGAGAGGAGAAAAACAUUGGCUGAGGAAACUAAACAACAUCAAAUGAGAGCUCAAUAUCAGGAUCAAUUGUCGAGAAAAAGAUACGACGAUCAACUUGUUCAACAGCAGAGAAUGAACGACGAGAACUUGAGGAGACAAGAAGAGUCAAUUGCUAAACAGGAAGCAAUGAGAAAAGCGACCAUUGAACAUGAAAUGGAUUUAAAGCACAAAAAUGAAAUGAAAAAACUUGACGCAAAAUUGCGAGCUCAAGCAAAAAUUGAUCGCGAGAAUCAGGAUUUAAAUCUUGAAAAAAUUCGACUUCAAGCUGCUGAGAAACGAACGACUGUCCUCGAGUCCAUCAAAACUGCGGGUUCAGUUUUGGGAACGGGAGCUACUGCACUUUUGGGCGACUGGGACAAAAUCCUGGCGGCCGCCGGAGGUUUGUCACUUUUGGCUCUUGGAGUUUAUUCAGCGAAAGGAUCGACGGGAGUAGCAUCCCGUUAUAUCGAAUCGCGUCUCGGCAAGCCAUCUCUUGUUCGGGAGACGUCGCGAUUCUCGGCCUUGGAUGCUGUGCGACAUCCUAUACAAGCUGUGAAGAAAUUGACCGAGAAGAAGAGUGACGCACUGGCCGGUGUUGUGCUAGCGCCAAAAAUUGAGGAACGACUUCGCGAUGUUGCGAUUGCCACAAAGAAUACAAAACAAAAUAGAGGAAUGUAUAGAAAUAUAUUAAUGCACGGACCGCCAGGAACUGGUAAAACAAUGUUUGCGAAAAAACUCGCGCAACAUUCGGGAAUGGAUUACGCUAUUUUGACGGGCGGUGAUUUGGCGCCUUUGGGUCGUGAUGGUGUUACGGCAAUUCACAAGGUGUUCGAUUGGGCUUCAACGUCAAGGAGAGGUCUUCUUUUGUUUAUUGACGAGGCCGAUGCAUUUUUACGCAAACGAUCGAGCGAACAUAUCUCGGAGGAUUUGCGUGCCAUGCUGAAUGCAUUUUUGUAUCGUACCGGCGAGCAAAGUAAUAAAUUCAUGUUGGUAUUGGCUUCAAACACGCCCGAACAAUUUGACUGGGCAGUGAAUGAUCGAUUGGAUGAAAUGGUGGAAUUCAUUUUACCGGGACGUGAAGAACGUGAACGUUUAGUGCGCUUGUAUUUUGAUAAAUUCGUUCUCCAACCAGCGACACAAGGUGCGAAGAGAUUGAAGGUGGCGCAAUUUGAUUACAGCGCUCUUUGUACGAAACUUGCGGAAAUUACAGAAGGUAUGUCGGGGCGAGAAAUUGCAAAAUUAGGUGUUGCUUGGCAAGCCGCGGCUUACGCUUCUGAGGAAGGCGUUUUAACGGAUCAAAUGAUCAUUGACAGAACUAACGAUGCUAUUAAGCAGCAUAAACAGAAGGUGCAAUGGCAAAGCGAACAGGAAAGACAAGAGUCGAAAUCGAUAUAUGCGGAAACGACUGAUUCGAAUCUGUCGAAGAAGGAUAUUAAAUCAAUACAAUCAUCACCAUCUGGAGAUCAUUUAGCAACUGCAUGAAGUCCAUCUGUAAUUCGUAAUUAAAAUACGACGAAAUUUCAUCAAUUGGAAAACCGUGUCAUUUCCUGAAUGCAAUUUUCCCAAACUAUUUUCAUUUCUUCCAUUUAAUGAAACUAGUCGUAAUAGUAUGGAAAACUAAUUUCAAAUUAUAACUAUUAUUAAUAGAAAUAAUAAUAUUCCGGUUCAAAUAUCUUUAUAAAAUUUAUCAAAUGAACCAGAAUUUCUAUUUUUAAAGACAAAAAUUGCAUUUUACUAAGAAAAAUCCAUAUAUUCACUUUAGAAAAAACGUGUCUUUUUUGUAGAAAAAAAAAAUUCAUCUGUACAGCAUUGUUGACAAUGUUAUUAGUAAAAAAAAAAAGAAAAUAAUAUUCUUGUGCCUAAUAAUUCGCCGUUUUUUUUCUUUUUUUUUGCACAAGAUUCAUCACAAUAAACAAAGAUUGUAAAUAGUUAAAUAGAGAGCUAACUCUCAGGGAUAUGAUAAUGAGUUGAUUCUCCGUUUCCUAUCGAACUUUUACAAAAUCUUACCUUUUUAAAUUGCGACAUUAAACACUAACAAAAUAAAUUACGUAAUUAGUUUCAUUAAAAUUUCUAUUGAUUGAUUUAAGAAAUUUUACUGAAAGUAAAUCAAAUUUUGUUCUUUCUUUGCAAAGAUUUUUUUUUUUGUAAACCGUGUAAAUGAUUAAUAAAAAAAAAUUUAUUUCAUA